CUAUUUUCUUACAUGGCUUCUACAAUUGUCCCUUAUCUGUUUCUACUUGCAUUUUUAGUGCUUCCACUUUCAACAAUUGCUAAAUCUUACAAAAACAUUAGUUUAGGUUCAACACUCACUACAAGUGAUGUUACAAAUUUUUGGCCAUCCCCAUCUGGUGAAUUUGCUUUUGGCUUUCAAAAAAUUGGAAAUAGUUCAUCAGGAUUCUUACUAGCCAUUUGGUUCAACAAACUCAAAGAAAAGACCAUAGUUUGGUCAGCCAAUAGAGAUAAAUUCGCGCCGGAUGGGUCCAAAAUUCAGCUCUCCAUGGAUGGAAGACUAGUACUCACUGAUCCAAAUGGUCAAGAAAUAUGGGCUCGUGGCGAGCUUGGUGCUGGACCGGCCUAUGGAGCCAUGCUUGACACUGGAAACUUUGUACUAGCAACAACCAGUAUUAGUUCAGCCACUCAAUGGCAGAGCUUUGAUGAGCCAACCGAUACGAUUUUGCCUGGUCAAGUACUUAACCGAAGAACCAGGCUUGUCUCGAGCUUAUCUGACACGAAUGUAUCGAGCGGAAGGUUUGAGUUGUUACUUCAAGAUGAUGGAAAUCUGGUGUUUUACAAAGUUGAAGUAAAUGAUGCAUAUUGGUCAAGCACGACUGGUGGCAGUGGUUACCAGGUGAUAUUCAAUCAAUCCGGCUUUAUUUUCGUUCAAGCAAAGAAUGGAACUCUGUUGAAUUUGAUAUCUUCUUCCAAUGAGGCAAACUCAACAACAAGCCAAUUGUAUCAUCAGCGAGCGAUUCUUGAAUAUGAUGGAGUUUUUAGGCACUAUGUCUAUCCAAAAAAAUCUUCUAGUGGCAGGCCGAUGGAAUGGUUUACUUUGUAUAACAUUCCAGAUAACAUCUGUUUGUCUCAACUGCAACAAGGUAUAGGAGGCAUUGCCUGUGGUUUCAACAGCCUUUGCUCGAUUGGAACUGACCGGAGACCAAGAUGUGAGUGUCCACUCGGGUAUAUCUUGAAUGAUCCGAACGACAAAAUAGGCAAUUGCAAACCGAAUUUCCCCGAGCAAGAUUGUAAGGAUGAAUCGCGAGAUGUUGAGGCUUUCACUAUCCACGAAAUGCUCAACACUAGCUGGUUCGGCGGUGAUUAUGCAUCUUACAUAAAUGGCACAGAGGAUUCCUGCAGACAGAAUUGUUUGAGUGACUGUUAUUGUGCUCUUGCUGUUUAUUACCCAGGAGCUUGUUGGAAGAAAAGGUAUCCGCUUUUAAACGGGAGGGUGGAUUCUGCAGAAUUAGGGAAAGCGCUUUUAAAAAUAGGGAAAGACAACUCCACAGUGGGACUGACAACAACAACUACUACUACUCCGCCUCAGUCUCAAGAUGGUGAAAAAAGGAAAAAUCAAUCUAGUCUAAUCAUUUCUGUUUCUGUAUUGUUGGGCAGUUCAGUUUUCGUCUUAAUGUUGUUGGCCUUUUUGUAUGUUUUUAAGUUCAAAGGGAAAAAACCAAAGAAGAUUUCACCAUAUCAAGUUGCUUCAGGAAUGAACAUAAGAAGUUUUAGCUACAAUGAGCUAGAAGAAGCUACAAACGGAUUUGAAGAAGUGUUGGGAACCGGGGCCUUCUCAACAGUUUACAAAGCAGUUCUUAAUGACGAAAAUGGGAAAAUCGUCGCUGUCAAGAAACUACACAAGACGGUAACAGAAGGAGAAGAAGGAUUCCAAGCUGAAGUGAAUUCAAUCAGCAGGACUAAUCACAAGAACUUGAUCCAACUCCUCGGGUUCUGCAACGAAGGCCAACACCGUCUUUUGGUAUAUGAACACAUGAAAAAUGGCUCAUUAGCAGACUUGUUAUUCAAAGAUUCUAGGCUUAGUUGGUCCAAAAGGGUACAAGUUGCUAUAGACACUGCUAAAGGGCUUUGCUAUUUGCAUGAAGAGUGUCGUGACCAAAUUAUACAUUGUGACAUCAAGCCCCAUAAUGUGCUCUUAGAUGAAAGUUUGACAGCAAACAUAGCAGAUUUCGGAAUAGCCAAGCUUUUGGGGAAAGAUCAGACUCGAACGACCACUAAGGUACGUGGAACGAGAGGAUACAUCGCCCCAGAGUGGUUCAGGAACACAGCUAUAACCGUCAAAGUGGACGUAUACAGCUUUGGAAUCUUGCUUUUAGAGCUGAUCUGCUGCAGAAAAAGUUACAAGCAGGACGUGGCGAAUGAGAACGAAAUGAUACUUGCGGAGUGGGCUUGUGAUUGCUAUAGAAGAAACGAGUUGCAUUUACUCGCGGGUGAUGAUGAAGAGGCAAUAGAAGAUACAAUGAGGUUCGAGAAGUUGUUGAUGGUUGCCAUUUGGUGCAUUCAAGAAAAUCCAGCAUUAAGGCCUAGCAUGAAGAAUGUCAUACUAAUGCUUGAAGGUUCUAAGGAAGUCUCAAUUCCUCCUGACCCUUUUUCCUUUAUCUGUUCUGGUUAG